GGGGGGGGGGAGAGAACAUCCGACACUUGACGGAAAUGGUCGGACACGCGCCGAGCUGUGCUCGUCAGUGCUGACCCCUGGUCGGGUUUCUUCGUCAUCAUCACUCGGUCCGACUUUGGAGCUGUUUGCGGAUGGCAUUUUGUAAACAGAAACCCUCCCCCCACCAUCACCAACUGGAAGAAGAAGAAGAAGGGGUGUCUUGUCCUCCGGCGCCCAGUCAACGGCCAAUGUGUAAACUCUGCCCGGAAGCUGUCUGACAGAAUGAUCAAUAAAAACACACACGAAGUAAAAAUAAUGAAAUUGUGAAAAAGAAGAAGAAGAAGAGCCGGGAUGGAUGGCGGCCGGAAGAGAAGAGAGUCUUCUAAACAAACAAUUUCCUUGGAAGAAGAAUCAAAGGGAGAAAGAAGAAGAUGGGAAGGAAACUGGAAAUUAAAAUCUAUUGAUCUAUUACGAGGAGAAGGAGGACGGAACUGGAAAGAGAGAAAAUGAUUAAGGCGUCGUUGGGCGUCUUCUUCUUCGAAUCUUCUUCAGCUCUUGAUGUUGUUACCGUUCGUAUCGUCUUCUUUGAUGCUUUGGUCCUGGAUAUCGGAUACAUAUCCUCCGCUAAUGAGAUCUCUUUUCUCUCUCUAGUCGUAUCCAGCCGGCCGGAAUCCCCCCCCCCCUACCAUCCUUUGAAGCCACGUUUCCAAUUUAUCUUUUUUCCCCAAAAAAAAUUCAACUCUAAAAAUAAUGAGACGCCUUUUUCUCCCGUCCAUUUUAUUGGAUGGAUUUUGUUAUUCAGGAACAAGCGGCGGAAUCUAACGGGUUAUAAUGAUCCCGACAAUGUUAUAUAGGAUGGGCGCGGUACGUAGUUGUCUCUCCGCCAUUCACAAUUCACGACUACACACACACGCGCUAGUUUUUUUUCUGUUUAAUGAAUGGCGGCUAAUGGACCGAACGGGGGGGAGCGCCACAUGUUGUUUUUGUUAUUGUCAGUUUUUCGAGAGCUGUGUAGCGGGGAGGAGGACGGACCAGAUGCUUGUUGGCCAAACGCCCAGCCCUGAAUCGAUUCGUCGGGUUAUAACGGCAACCUGUGCUGGGCAGCCUGGAGAGAAAGAACACGCCCCGUGCGAUCUCUUUUGGUGUUCCUGAAUUAGAACACAUUUUUUUCGUUCCCUUUUUUUCUUCUUGUGUGUGGAUUUCGUGACUGUUUAUUCGUUGACUGCGUGUCAGGAGACCCACCCACCCACCGAGAGAGAGAGAAGGAAGGAGAAAGCAGAAAAUGAAAUCAAAGUUAUCGACCGACUUCCGGUGGCGUCGUCGUUUGUCGACGCGACGCCACCGCGCCCUACUUCCGUCUCUCAUCCCCCAUCCAACUUUUGGGUAAUGGACUGAAGGGGGGAGGUGUGGGUGGUGGUGGAUCAGUUAUUUGGUUUUGAGGGGGGGCCCUUUCAUUUUUUGAUUUCCUUUUCAGCUCAUUGGGACGUCAUCGCUGGAAUAGCAAAUUCCUAUCCCCCCCUCUUACAUCGAUGACGUGAAUCGAUUGGCGGAUCGAAUCAGACGAUUCGUGACGUGAUUCUUUUCAUUUCAUCGUGACAAUUCCACCCCUCAAUUGUUUUUCAAACACUAAAAAACGAUCCUGUUUUGUGUGUGCCUGUCGUCACUUGGUAGGGCGACUUACGGCACACGUCACGUCUCGACUCUUUUUCGUACCGAGUCACGAAACAUUUUCUCUCGUGAGUGGAAAAACGGGUGGGCGUUUCGAUCCCCCCCAAAAGAGGAGGCACCGUCCUCUUGCUUCAAAAAUCACAAUGGCGACCGUUUAUUGUGUGACCAGGGCCAUUGGGUUCGUCGUGAGUUAUCAAAGGAACGAACACGAACGCUGGAGGAUCAAGGCCGUGAGCGUCUGAAAACUCAUUUCACGUCUUAAGCUUUUCCGUCUCCCGUAUUGUCUCUGAGGAACGGACGGAAGCAAAAUGGCCGACUGUAGCAUCAACUGGAAAGAAGCGGGAGUAGCGGGAGCGAGUUGCUGCCAGUCGGAUGGAUCUUUCUGUUUUUAGCUGCCUCGGGAUUCUAUUUCGGUCGCCGUAUCAAAAAUCGACGGGUGAAGAAAAAAAAGGAAAAGGAGAGCGGAAGUUGCCUUUCUCUCUCUCCCGCACCCAUCUGCUGCUGCUGCCGGCCCAGCCUCUCUUUUUUUUUUCCAGCUGAAAUUGAAUGGGACGUUGGCAGCCAGGCAGGCAGGGAUUGUCAUGUUCCAAGAUGUUUCCCCCCAUUUUCUACACGCCGGCCAGAAAUAGUCGACUGAAUUGUUGCUCUCACCAGUGAAAUGUUUCGUGGUGGUGGUGGUGGCCAUUGAAGAAGGAGGAGGAGAUUCGCUCAAUGAAAAUGUCGCCGAUGCGCAAAUGAAACUUCCGCCGCUCUGCCUCACGGCCUGCCAACCCAAAAAGUUAUUUAUAAAUCACGAACGGGUUAUGGCCGCGGGAUCGGGUGUAACGAGCCCGCCACUGCCCGCCACCCGAAUUGAAUGGGGCGGCGGCGGCGUCAUUGUUUACCUUUCGGGAGGCACCAGGAGAGAGAAAUGGUCCGGCCGGCCGGCAUUGGGAGUAUACUUUUUUUGGGUUGUUAUUUUGAAUGAUCGCCUCGAUUUUGUUGGUCGAUGAUGAACGGCCGGGCAGAGUCAAAAGACCUUGAGAAGGGCACGGGGCCAAAAUGGGCCGCCCGAAAUGCGUUUUUGUGGGAGAUUGGCGUGACACGAACGGGCUCGUGCCAAGACAUUUGAUGGGUUGUUGUUGUUGUUGUCUUUGGCCUGCGGCGUUUGAGCGCCCAGUUCCGUUUCGCAUCAGCGGGACCCGAUUCAUCUUAUGGGAUGUUGUUGCCCCGGCCAUUUUCGUCUUGUUCCUCCUCCAUCGUUUGACCUUCUUCUUCUUCUCCCGGCCAGAAAUCGAACAAGAUGGACACAACUUUUUGGGUUUUUUCGUCAGGUGACAGGUGUGCCGGACCCGAAAGACUCACACGGCCGCCAACUUCUAUAACCAACACUCACACGGCCGGGUCGCGUUCAACUUUUUCUCUGCAACUUUGGCAAGUUUUUCGGGUACCAGUGGUAUACAUAAACAUGUGGAGACAAGUAUCGUCUUUUUCUUUCUGCUUUCGUGACCUCAAGGGCAUAUCCACCAGACUCAGCUGAGAGAGUUAGGCUCCUCGGCGGCCAGACACCUCGUUGGUCGACGUGUAGCUCCAGGUGAUGGCAACAUGUCUGCUGUUGUUGUUGCCUUUUUUCCUUCCAGCUUGGGCCCUACCUUGUUUCUUUUCUUUCUUUCUCUCUUUCGUGCGGAAUUCUCUUUUGGAAUCUCAUCCCGACCGAGUUUUCACCACCGGUGAAUGAAUGAAUCGACCACCCGACUCACUCACACACGUCCGUAUACAACACGGCGGACCUACUUUUGCAGAUGAGAGUAGAAGAAAUUCUUUUUGAAUUUCCAGCGAAGUCGUUUUGAGGUUUUUCCUUCCGUUUCUUGACCCCGAGUCGAACUCUCGCAGCCCUUCAUUGUGUUUUUAUUUUAUUUUAUCUUUUUAUGUUCACCGUAGAAAUCGAAUAAUAAAAAAGAAGGUGCCGGCGGUGCUGUUUCGGCGUACAACUUUCUCUCUCUCUCCAGCAGCGGUGGCGGCCGUUUUCCACAUAUUUGGCAUUGUGUGUAGGCCGCACCCGUUUGUUGUUGAUGGCAAGUUGUUGGCUGGCUGGCUGGCUGGCCCUUUUUGGGAUCGCGCUGCCAACGUUACGUACGUACGUACGUAGGUGAAGCUCAAAGAAAGAAAGAAAGAAAGAAAGGUGAGGUAGAGAGAGAGUUGAGCCAAGGUUUUUUGUGUGUGUGUGUGUUAUUCACGCACGCCAGAAGGAGGCGGAGCUCGUUUCUUUCGUUGGGAGAAUCGGGGAAGGGGGGCGCCAGACAGCGGGACCCGACCCCGAGCCAGGCGACCGGGACCGACGGGAGAGACCCGCAGCGGCAGCGGUGGCGCGACGCUCAGUCAACUUGCAAGAGCUGAGAGAUGUGGAUGCAGUGCGGUCGACGGGUCCCACCUCCACCAAAGGACUCGACCCUUUUCGACUUGUUCAUUUCUCUCUCAUCAACACCGACGAUAUAACAGGGAAAUUCUCAACCCAACCAAAACUAAACUACAAGUUUAAUUCACGUUCGUCUUGGUGCUGUGUGUGUCUGUGGGUGUGUGUGGUGUCCUGGAAUGGAGGGAUUAAAGUUGCAUGUGAGUUUGGUUCAUUGGCUCUUGACAGUGUCGCCACCUUGACAUCCCACCCUCCAAAAAUAAAUCGGAUAUUAUUAUUCACUUCUGCCGGAGAGAAAUUCAAUCGUGGUUAACCCUCUUUGCUUCCGGCCGGAAGGAUUACAGCCGCCGCCGCUUCUUCUUCUUCUUUUUCUCUGAAUGAAAUUUUCGUGUGUCGCCGGAAUGACAACGACGACGACGACGACGUUCGUGAUGAUUGGGACGAUUGGAUUGGAUUUCAUUAGCGUCGUCGGGAUUAUGCAAAUUGCUGGAGCUAUUUGGAGGAGCAGAGAGUCGAACCAGCACCGGAACUUGGGACGUUGACAUCCGGGCUCUUCUUCUUGUGAAUGACAAAACGCAGGGGAACCCGCACGUGGUGUCUGUGUGGGUGGCAGCAGCAGUAACGGCAGGAGACUGGGCGGAAUUUCGAUACCGGAGGGGAAAUAAUAAAUAAAUAGUCAAUCACUUUUAUCUCUCCCCCAUAAUCUUCUAAUGCGAUUAAAAGCCCCAAAAGUUUCCCGUCGUUUGGUGGGUGGAACUGUGUGGUGGUGGUGGUGCCCCGAAAAACCGGAAGUGACCCUUGAAAUAGAAAGAAAAACAACAAGAUCCAGCGGAUCGAAUUUCACCCGUGACGGCGGUUGGGUUCUAUUGACUCGUCUCCGAUAGGAUCGCAUUUGACGGAGACAUUCGACGUGAUGGCCGCAACCGAUUGGAAAUUCGGAUGAGAGCCGGAAGCAAAAAGAAAAAGCGGAAGAGAAGAAGAAGAGGAAGAAGACGAAGAAGAAGAAGAAGAAAAAGUGUCUUUUUUGAUCAAGUUGUUGAAGGCGAAUUUUCUUUCAAUUUAUUUCGGCCAGUGUUGUGUGUCUGACGUGUGUGUGUGGGUGUGUGUGUGUGUGCGGAGUGAAGGAGAAGAAGAAGAAGCGGAGAUGGUCCGACUUUUUCUCGUACCUGGUUGGUGUUGUUGUCGUUUAUUGGUUCCCGAUGGAAAUGGGCCGCCACCGUAUUGGCCGUUUGAUACUUGAACGAUCGACGUCGUCAGGUCAGCGGCGGCAGUGGCUCCUUUGAGAUUCGCUCCCGCCAGAAAAAGAAAAAAAAACGAAAUUUUUGGGCCGUUUGGUGCGUGUGAAAUAUGACGACGCAAGAUUGGACUAGAAUGUUGAAAAGCUUCCGCACCAAAACGUACCGCAAUCUCCCGACGACGGUUGACGACCACCACAAGGCCGGAUCGGCCGGAUCUCCUUUGAAUGACACCCGAUCGUCGUCGGUUGGAUUGUGCCACCACGACGGUGGCGGCCAAGACGCUGAUGACGGCCACUGUCGUUUAGGUCCGCCAGCAGACCUCAGCAAAACAACAACAACCUCCUCGGACCCCAUCAAGAAAGGGACGCUGUUGUUGGCGACGGACUGGACGUACAGUCAGCGACUGACGCCGCACCGGCCAAGGAUCGGCUGCGGAGGGAAAAGUGGCGGCUGCAGCAGCAGCAGAGAGGCGGAAGGAGAGGAGGAAGAAGAUAAGCCGCUAGCGGUGAGAGGUCGCAGCGCCUCUGAGCCGUCGUUCCUUUCGGCCAGCCGAGCCGUUAAAGUCCUCCGCGUUGCUUCGCCCGCCAACAGCCCAUCGUCAUACACACCACCAGCCGUCAAAGAGAUCAGCAGCAUUACGGGGCUGCAACAGCAAAUCAAGGCGGCCUUUGGCCGUUGGCGAAAAAGAGGAACUCCGUCGUCGCCGUCUUCUUCAUCCGCAUUCGAGGAGGAGGUGGGCAGCGGCGGUGGUCCCAUCCGCGAGGACUGCUUCGACCAUCCGCUCAACGUCCGGCUCUCGGCCCAGAGUCAGACUUUUUCGCAUCCGCAUCGGCUGACCGUUUUCCCGCCUUUCCCUUCCGGAAGCGGAGCCUCACCCUCCUCCGCCAACGUUUCCCCGGCUAGAACCAACAAAUCAUCCGCCUCCCCUUCCAACCCUACCGGCGCCGGCGGCAGCAGCUCCAAAUCCAGCGGAGGCAGCCACCCCUUUUCCUUCGUGCGCGGAUUACGCAAGAGGCGCGCAGGCAGGGAAGGCUCCGAGUCGACAUCCACAAAUCAACAGCACCGCAACCUGUCGGAUCUCUGCUCGGAUCGCAUCCGAUCGCGCACGGCCGGCGACAGCGGCUGGCCCAAUUGCUCCAGCCGUUUGGGCGGCGGACAGGAUCAUUUCGGAUCCUUUGGACCCUUGACGUCCAAAUCCAGGAGCGAUCACAGUUUGCACCGAAUCCUCAAAGAAGACAAUACCUGGACCGUUUUCGCCACUCUCCGGCCGCCUUCCGAUAAAGGAGGUUCGUUAUCCAAAGGUUCGACGGCCUGGACGUUUGGACUUUUUAGCGACUCUCCGUCUCAUUCGUCGUCGUCGCACCAGCAGCGACGCCAGGCGUCGUCAUCGUCUUCGGUCGCCAAAUCCACCAAGAGCAAAGCGGCUUCCGUUGCUCCGUCGCCGGAACUGCUCCACCGUUCCUUCACCCCUUCCUGCUUCCCUCCCGGCCAUCCACUUGGCCUCCACCUACCGUCUUCUACCGGUGGCGGAUUUUUCGGCCGCAACGAGAGGAGGACCCGGUCGCUCGAGCGGUGCUCGCAGCAGCGCGUCAGGAGCUCAGGCGCUCCUGGACUCUCGUCUAAUUCAGGUGCUGGCGGCUACGGUUCGUCGACUGCUCCGGCCAAACCCCCGCCACCCAUCCCGUCUCGGGUCCGCUCACGUUCACUCGAGAAAAACUACCAAAUCUCGACGACCACGCCCCACGUCCAGAGGCAGAGCGUAGCAACAACAACCACCGGCCCAGCAACAACAGCAACAACUGUGACCAACAACUCGGCGACAAGUGGUGGUUCGGCGCCGGCUGCCAACAACUCUACUCCGCUCCUGCCCAUCCGGCGGAAUAACGUGCCCCCGGAAGUCUUGGCCACUUGGUGCACCUUCAACGAAGCUUUUGGAGGCGGACGGCCCAAACAGCAGCACCGCAUUCCGGCCGAGCCUUUGACGGUCAGCGACGAACGUGAUUCGCCCGGCUCGCCCGUCUUUGAGGAACUUUUCCUUCCACCGCCGCAGAAAUUUGCGGCCGCCCCUCAUCCGCCCAUCGCCAACCCGACGGUGGCCGAGCUCAUCAACAACAACAACAACAACAAUAAGCGCAACAGCGUGGGAGCGAGUAGUUGUUGCUGUUGCAGCAGUUGCAGCGGCGGCCACAGCAGCGCCGGUGUCAGUUGCAGCUCGAAAUCGACGCCCAGGUCGUCGCCCGUCCCGCCACCACCGCCACACCUGCCCGAAACGGUCCUGUACGGGACGCGGGAGGCGCCCGUCUUGGAGCGUCACUGCGUUGAAGGCGGCGAGUUCAUCAUCGCCUGGCUCUCGCAUUCCAACGGUUCGUCCAGCCACAGCAGCAACGCAUCGGCCGGCCAUCACCGAGUCGGAGCCGCCGCCCUUGUGCCUCCUCCGGCCCUACCUGUCCCUUUGCAUCCGGCGGCAGUUGUUGCCGGCAACAACGAAAUGCAAUCGUCAACUUCGUCUGCCAACUCGGCGGGAGCUGCUGCUGCUGGCAAUCAGGGCAGCAGCCUGGCCGCCGCUGGCGGAAGCAACAACAGCAGCAACCGGAGUUUCAUCAACAAACCGGCGCGCGGAUGGCUCCAUUCUGACGUUGUGAUUGUCCGCGAGGGGAUUACCUACUUUGUCCGAUAUAUCGGAUGCCUGGAAGUCAACACGUCCAUGAAGAGCCUGGAUUUCGACACUCGCUCACAAAUUGCCAAGGAAUGCAUCAACAUUGUUUGCGAAACAGCCGGACUCAAAACGGUCGACAAAAAGCGGAAGGUCGACCGGCGAAUCCAGCGGAUCCUGGGAGACGCCCCUCACAUGGAACACGCUGGCAGCGACGUUGCCUUGACCAUCAGCAGCGGAUGUUUGAGGAUCAGCACGCUGGAGGGAAGCACAGUCGUCGCUUGUCACGACAUGCCCAACAUUUCCUUCGCUUCCGGCGGAGAUCCCGAUACCCUGGAUUUCGUCGCCUACGUGGCCAAAGACAAUGUGCACGGCCGAGCUUGUUACGUCCUCGAAUGCGGAGGUGGAUUGGCGCAGGACGUCAUCACAACCAUCGGUCAAGCGUUCGAACUGCGUUUCAAGGAAUACCUGAAGCGGACGCCGCGUCCAGCUGCCAACGCCGCUGAGUCCGUUCUCGAUGGACGCGAUCUUGUCGCUGGUGGACACGUCACCGCCACCGGAGUUGCUGCUGCUGCGGCUGCUCCUCCUUCCUGGUCACCGGACGACCCCGAGUAUUACAACGAUUUGCCCGGUAAAGUACCGCCGGAUGUGGGGCCACCGCCAGUUCCGCCACUUCCCAAUUACCAGGCGCCGUUGGGAGGAGGAGGACCUGUCGUCGUGGCGUCAUCGUCCGCUGGAUCCAGCGCAACGGCUGGAUCGUUGAAGAAGAUUCACCAAGCCAACGAUCGUCAAGCACGUCACACGGUUGACCUUUCCGACAACUUGAUCGAUUUGAAUGCCGACGUGUCGUCAAUGGGCGGCGGUGGCGGCCGGCUGGAGAGUACCGCCGCUGGAUCAAAUGGCGGUGGUGGCGCUGCUGCUGCCGCUGCGUCGUCGUCGUCGACGGCGUCUCUGUCGCCUUUCCCUGAUCACGAAUACGUCAACGGGAUCAUGGGAUCGAGCAGCGAUUUCAAAAACGCGCCCGUCAGCAAAGAUCCAUUCGAUAUGCAUCCGUUCUCGGCCGCCCUGCCCUCGCCGCUGCCGUCGGCUCUACUGGCGCCCAAUGCGGCGAGUCUGGCCGCUGCUUCCGGACGCGGCCCCGUUGUCACCCUCCAGCGAGGAGGAACCAAAGCCGGAAAAGUAAGCCGCGUAAGCCCACUCGAGGCUCAAUUGCUCCAGGAGAUUUGGUUCCACGGGCCCAUCAGUCGCAAAGAAGCCGAGGAUCUUUUGAAACAAGACGGAGAUUUCUUGGUUCGUGAGUCGCAGGGCUCUCAGGGCCAGUACGUGCUGACGGGAAUGCAAUCCGGCCACCACAAGCAUUUGCUCUUGGUCGAUCCUGAAGGCGUUGUCCGCACUAAAGACAGAACGUUUGAGAGCGUGAGCCAUUUGAUCAACUUCCACCGGAAUAACGUCCUGCCCAUCAUUUCGGCCGAGAGUGUUUUACUACUCAAGAGACCCGUUGCGCGUUCGCAUCACUCGUGAAAAAUGGACGUUCUUUCUUUUGUUGUCGCCACCAACCUCAUCCAACCAUUCGUUUCUUUUUUUCUUCUCCUUCCGCUUUCAACUUAAUUCCAGCACCGAGUCCCGUCGUCGUGUGCCCAGCAUAAUCUAAUUUCUCCCGAGCAAACGUCAAAUCGU